AUGUAUAAAGACAAAGACAAUUGGGAACAAGUCUGGUACAAGCUGAGAGGUGUACCAUUAGAAUUGUUUAGAACAACUAGGGGUAAUGCAAUCAGACAAAUUAAAUAUAGCUUGUUUCAAAAAUUUCGGAAUUUAGAAGAAAUCAAUCAUGAUGCAACAAUAAACCAAAUAUUAGAGUGGAAAGACAAUGACUCAACAAAGGAGACCCUUGACUCUUUAUGUGAGAUUGAAGAGGAUGAUGAUAUGACUUUCUUUGAAAAUAUCACAAGAGAAGCCUUUUCUGGUAAUAGAGGAAAAAGUGAGAAUAUUGAUCAUGAUGUUAGCAAAUAA